AGCGCCUAUCUGGACAAUGAAUCGUACGGUGUGCUACAGGCUACAGCUUGGAUUCCUUUGUUGGACGCUACUGAGAAAAAUGGAUGCAUGGAGGUAAUAUCAGGUGGUCACCUGGCCGGCAAAGUGGCAAGACACACCUGUUGCUGGGGAGACACCUGGUAUGUAGAAACAGAUGUAGAGCAUGCAGAAAAAACUCUGAAUGUAGAUUUUGUGAAGGACAAAGUUCUGUGCCCAGUCCCCUAUGGUGGAAUGUUGCUUAUAAACAACAUGAUACCACAUAGGAGCCUCAACAAUUGUUCUGAUGAAAUUCGCUGGAGCCUUGACCUACGCUUCCAAUCACAAGAGAAACCCGUAGGCUUCUAUGGGCUAAAACAGGGCGUCUUGAUGAGGUCUGAGAAAAAUCCUGUGAAGAAAAUUGACUGGGAAUCUUUCAACAGUGUUGACAGACAUAUUCAAGCUGACAUUAAUUGCAAGAAUGCAGUCGACGAGGAUCCGUUUGAUACCACGAUAGUGGGACCUUGGAUGCUAAAAUGGGACAUGACCCAUACUAAUCGUCACACAGAAAGACUAGCGCCAAGGGCUGGUGAUACCUCUUGCAAUAAGGCAUAAAUUUGUCUGGAACAAAGGUCUAUAACAACUGCAAACUUUACUUGCUUUUUUUCUCCUUGUAAGUUAUUUUUAUGCCGAACUUAGACAAAACGAUGAGUUCUACUUUUUCUGCCAUGUAAUUUGUUUUACUUUCUUCUUGAAAGAACUUGUAAGUAGGUCACCAACUUCUUAUCAUACUAGCCAGCUAGAUCUAGUAUUUUUCAAACUAAUUAUGAAUAUGUUUAUUAAAUCGGUAAAAAAAGAAAUAAAAGUUACUUACGCUAUUGUUAAGUUAUUUAAAAUAGUAAAAACUAAUAAUGAUAGUUUGAGAAUUCACCUGAUCCUGGCUAACGAGAUUUCAAAUUUUAAGUAAGAGAAGCAAAGAGAUUUACAAGCCCUAAGUAAUAUUGGAGGGGAUUUCUUCCAACACGAUGAAGUAUUGCGUGACAGCCUUUCUAGAUUUACUUCCAUUGUCAUUAUCCACCCAAGAACAAUCUGAAAGGCAGCAGUUGUUUGAUUUUGGAGUUUUAUUCAGAUGACUUAUAGUCCUCAGCUAACCAGCCUCGUAUGCCCGGGAUUUUCUUUUUUACAAGCUUUUAUUUAGUUAGCAACGUCUGUUUGUUUGUUUGUGGGUUUGUGGCAAAUCAUGUAAUUCAAUUUCGACCCACUUCUAAUGCAGCGAUUUCGUUCAAACUUUCCAUGUACGUUUCACUUCGAAGACAAUACAAGUGUAUCUAUUUUUUUUUUUUUUGGA